AUGAGACCACCUAACAUUCCUUUGAUCACCGUCCUAUCGGUGCUUCUAAUGCUAUCUUGUCUUCUAGGCAGCGUAGCCGGGCUUGGUCCCCGACAGCAUCGGGGUGCUCGCAAAGAUGUGCGCGGCAAUACUUUCAUCGAAGCUCGCAAUCCCUUGGGUAACGCUCUCGCUGAUGGUUAUGGUCCACCUCCUCCCUAUAAUACGGGGGAACCAGUUGCUCCAACUGAUUUGACUUCUUAUCACACUCUCGAGGAGUCCACUGCAACAGAAACUCAGCUUGGAGCUUCUCAAGCUAGUGUGACAUCUAAGUCAAAGGUUUCUUCUCACUAUGAUACUGUCGCUUCUGGCAGCUCCUCUCUCUCUGUAUCCUCAGCACUCGAGACCGGCACUGCCAUGAUAACUGUCGGUUCAAGCGCCAAGGCUGGCAAUACAUCCGGCUCCGAGGCAUCGUCGAAUGUUCACUUAACAGCUUCGAGCUCUUUCCUUGGGACUGAGACUUCUGGUGCUGAAACUUCCUCAAUUUCACUUGGUCAAGUUUCUACUAUUUCGGGUACUAAUUCUUCGUUGACUGGCACUUAUCCCUCUACGGUCACCUCAUCACCCGGGACGGUAACUGUAUUGCCUUCAGGUUCUGCCUCAUCUGCCACAGUCUCUGGUUUCUUUAAUGAAACAAAUACAAUCACUGAGAGUGUCUCUCACACACAAACAAUGUUGAGUGCUGAAGCUUCAGGUGAUUUCACUACAACGGAGUUUACUUCUCGCUUCAAGAGUAGCGUAAUAAAGGUUGGGUCGACAACAACGACAACAAAAAUGCUUAAUGUUACAGUGACAGUCGCGCCCAGUUCUUCAACUGGUAUUUCAUCAAGCGUUUUAUCUCUGGCUGUCCCCAUGACUGCAGACAAAACCACGACAGUCACAGUCAUCCCACAACAAAACUCAUCUGGACUUUCUACUGGCGGUCUUGCUACUGAUACUGAUUCGGCGGUGCACUCAACAUUGGGCAGUCUGGCCACUGAAUCAACCAAGUCUGUCACAAUCCAAAGCACUCUAACCGAGGUAGCUAUUUCAGAAUCGACUCAAAAGUCCACACUAGCUUCGAGCAUUCCUGUCAAUGGAACUGUGAGCCUCACUACUAGUACUACUGCCUACUUCACUGCAACAGUUGGAGUUCCUGCCCCAUCUUCUGUUCUGCCAAGUUCAUCUGGCAUUUCAAGACCUACUAUUGUUGCUUCUGAUGACUCGUCGGGGGCUGGAACAGGAGACUCAUCGGUGAGCAUGGCAUCUAUUACUGUUGCCUUUUCCACCACAGUCACCACAAGCAAGACAUACACUAUACUCAACGUCACCUUACCAGCAACAAGCUCUUCUUUCUCUCCAGUUUCGACCUUCGUGACUAGCGCGAGCGCUGGUGUUUCCGAGUCAAAUAUUGCUACAACCUCGAACCAAAUGUCUUCAGAGACUCUCUUUGCAUCAACAGCUCUACCCAUCAAUGCGACCUCUGACUCAUUCACCAAGUCCUUUGUUGUGACUACUGUGUCUGAGGGCUCGGUUAUUACUAUCUUCCCAGGCGGUAUCAUUCCAACCAAGAGCGCUUCAAGUAUGAUGAACAACUCUGUUUCUACACAGUAUUCCACAUUUGCCCCUUCGCGCUUCAAUUCGUCUAUGUCCAUCAGACGGACUUCAUUGUCUUUUCAGACAGACUCCUGGUUUGACUGGCCGACUUCGACGCUGACGACUUCACAUACUUUGGAACCAACUUUGGAGGUUCCGUCACUUUCUUUUCCAAGCUCUUGGCUCUCGAUCAUUACCACACCAAUGACGCCUCCCAGUGUGUCUGCAACGUCAACUCGAGGCCCAACUGAUGGCUCAGCAUUUGGCAACGUAACGGUGAUCAAGACAACAAUGACUUCUACCAUCACUAGCAGUCUCGCACCAACAGGCCUAUCCUCGUCUGGCAAUGUCACGGUGGCCCAUACCACUAGUGGGUACAACUUUUCUGAAAGUGUGGGAUCCAGCAAGAGCGCAUUCAGUUCUCAGUCGACCUCUCUCAACAGCUUUUCUGGUAUCAGUACCGUCAUCAUGUCUAAGCAGCCUACCAACUUCCCCUUUCCAACCAACACAAGCUUGGUUUGGCAGUCGGAAACAUCUUCAGUGUCACUCUCUGAAUCUGGCAAAACCACCGGCCCCAAAGGCAGUGAUGCUACAUUCUCUGUGACAACAGCUGGGUUCAAUAGCACUGCUCCUUAUACCAACUCGACUACCAUUACGGCCAGUGAAACAUAUCCUUCAAGUAAUGGGGAUGGGACGCCGUCCAUGAUUACUUCAGGGGCCUCUGCGUUGUGGAACACGACUAGCAGCGCUCAGAGGUUCACCAACUCAACUAUCCAGACAACAGUUACCUCUACCCACACUGGCUCUGGUCUAGUUUCUGGAACUCAAACUUUGAGCGAUGCAGCUGCCGUCACUCCUCAACCGCCCGCUUCGCUGAACGUUACACUCAUCACCUUCACAGAUGUGAAACACGGCCCCUUCCUCUUCCUCAACACCACAUUGACGGGAACUGGCGCUUCCCUUCCACCAAGUAGUACAGGGCCUCGAAUCACCAUUACGGGAACCUUGGAAGACUUUUCAACAUCCAGUGUCACCAUUUCACCAUCGGCCGGGACAACCUACCACACUGUGAACACCACAGUGGCUGGCACCACGACUAAUACUUCGGCAUCUGCUUCGGGAACAAAUGAGCCACUCUUCCCGGUCUCCAACUCAACGAGUUUGGGCACUAUCAGUCUCUCGACAAUCGUUUCAUGGAGGCCAGAUCCCGAGCCAUGGACGAGCUGGCCAACAUUGAGCCUCACGAAUGAGCCAGGUGUUUCCACAUGGACUGUAAAUAGUGAGAUUUCAGAAUGGACGUCGUACACUCGAACUACCACCAAGUCUUUGACUCCUACUUCAGUAGAGCCAAGCAUUUCUGUUCACAACCUCAGCAGUGCAACCUCGGGGUCAACCUCUUAUACUCGUACCACGACUGUGACCCUCACAGCCACUUUGGAAGAGUCCAGCACUUCCCCAUCCACAAGUGGCAACAGGAGUAGUGCAGCCUCAGAGUCCAAUUCAUAUACUCGUACAACAACCGUAUUCCGCACUAUGACUUUGGGAGGGCCAGGCGCGUCCUCACCUGCCCUCAACAGCUCAAGCAGUCGUGAUUCCUUGUCAACCUCAUACACUCGUACAACGACAUUGACCCUUAGAACUACUUUGGCAGAAUCCCCAACAUCUCAAAUAUCUGAGACUGCAGUUACAGAUUCAUCAGUUUCCACAUGGGCUAACGUAACCUCCAGGGUCACUGGCUUCAUGAGCACAGAGACUAUCUCAUUGGCCACCGUUACAUCGUCGCUCUCCGGAACACUGACAACUUUCUUGACAACUGGUAGCGCAAAGGGGAUAUCGACCAGCCUUGAGAGUUCCGCCUUGGCACCAAUCCCAGUGGGUAACUCAACUCUAUCACAGGCUUCUGGGAGAACAUCAUCGGGAAUUGAUACUUUGACGGCCACACCCUUGUUGACUAGCUCAGCGGGAACAGCUACUCCAUGUGAAUCUACGUCUACUAGCUCAUCGACCUGCACAGAAUCAGUGUACGACACCCCGACCCAUACAGCCAUUCCAGCUAGCACCGAUUGCUUGACUGCAACGAAUCGACCAGACUUAUCGUUUUCGUACGUAUCGACAGUAACAGCCACUGAAGACGUCUCAUCGACCUGCAACACAACAAGCAACACGGUGCAUUGGUCAAACAUGACUCACACAUUUGGUGUAAAAGAUACGGAAACGAGCACCUACCAGCCGCUUACAACAAUGCGGACAGUCACAAAAGCGCAGACUGAAGAAGGAUCGGGAUCGGCUGGGGAUGAUUAUCCCACGCCCACAGACAGGUUCCCCAAGGAUCCCAACUUUCCAUGGGGAAAUGGCUCCCCAAUCCAUCGUCAUCAGAACUCGUCUGAGCUUAGCCCUGGCGAAAAUGACGGCGAUGACGAUGGAGGUCUGAGCAAGAGAAGCAGCUGGCGCCUGCGGUGGGAGGAUGUCAGAGACAAACUGGAAGGUCUCUGGUGUGGACAGGCUUUGAAGUCAGAAGACUAA